UUCCUUUGUUUUGACUUACCUACUAAAAGUGGACCUGAAAAUUUCCCUCCAUGCCUACCUUGGGCCAACAGGGAGAGAGGUAUGAGGGUCCAUGGGCACGUGGGGGAACAGGGGCAGGAGGCCCUGGAAAUGGGAUGUGGCAAUGGCUGCUGGGCUGCUGAGCGGGGGUGAUGAGCUGCAGUGUUAGCAGGGCUCUGGCUCCCAUGCUGGUCCAUGCUGCUGGCAUGGAGCUUCCUCCAGGCUGAGGGAUGGUUAUGGUAGGUGGGACUUUCUUCCCUCCUCAAACUGGCCAGCAAUUCCUCAGGAAGUCAGGCCUCUGCUGCUGCUUCUGUCUGCAGUGCACCUCCAUGGGCAGGGGACCUCUGCCCACACUGUGGGAGAGGGGGAACGAAAACAGAGGAAAAUCAUGUGCCCGGGAGUCCAGUGGACCGCCCAGCUAUGGGUACCAAUGGGCAUGCUCGGGACAGACAUACAUGUUUGCGGUGACUGCCCGCUCUGCCCUUUGCAGACACCCGAAAACCGUCAUGUCACAGGAUUCUCACCAGUUAGCAGUGACACAUGCUCAUGACAAGUAUCUCAGGGAUUCAGGCAUUCCCAGGGGAUCCUCCCUGACCAGAUCUCAGAAUCUGCCAUGCAAAUGAGAAGGCAACAUGUUACCCCACCCAGGAUUCUGCAAAACUCUGCCAUGUCAGUCAGAGAUGGAGCCACAGGAGGCCACAUCUUGAGUAGACGAAGAGAGAGUUCUGUGCACGGAACUCCCCUGAGGAAUCAAUGGCAACGCAAAAUCUUUGCCAUGGCUCAAAUCAAGUUUGUGUGUCACAGACUCCAGUGGGGCUUGGAUAGGCAGGUGCCGCUUAACCAGGUCUCCUAAAAUGACCUGUCUCUUUCCCAUCACGAAUGUGUCUGGUUGGAGACCUAGACACUCAGAGACUCCAGCGAACACGACCCUGAUGGGUGGUGGUGCUAGGAUAUGGGGUGAAGGCAGCCGAGACACAGCCUCCAGGACAGGCAGGAGGCGCCCUGUCUUUUGGGGUCCUGGGGAGUCACUCUCCACUCUGGGCCUCUGUUUAUUCUUCUGGAAAAUGAAGGGAUGCUGAGCCUGUAGUGCAGCCCUCACAUGAUGAAAAUGAGGUUAAAGAAAAGAAAGCAAUUUGAGGGCGCUUAUGUCUGGUUCUUCCUCAGAGGGAUGAGGAUGAAAACAAUGGCAACAGCUACAGGAAACAGUACUCAGGAAGCCCUGUGAGGUAGCUGUGGUUUUCAUCGCUCUUUACAGAAGAGGAAAAAGUCUCAGGGAGGCCCGGCUGCAUGACUGGGUGACACACACAGGAGUGUGGAGCUGGGCCAGUGGAAUGAGCACUGUGCCAGAUGACACACGCCAGUCCCUGGGGAUCCAAGUGCGGGGUGGCUGGGGUGUAACUGGGGGAAGGGAGGAGAGCCUCACUGUCUCCAUCACUGACACCUCGCAGGCGGGGAGCUUUAAGGUGGCCACCCAGGAGAGGAACCCACAGAGAGCGCAGAUGAGGCUGCGGAAGCAGAAGAAGGGAGCGGUCCCUUUCCUGGGGGAUUUUCUGACUGUGUUACACAGGUUGGAUUCGGCCAUCCCGGAUGAUCUGGAUGGCAACAGCAACAAGAGGAGGAAGGAGGUGCGAGUUCUGCAGGAAAUGCAGCUGCUCCAAGUGGCUGCCAUGAAUUACAGGCUUCGGCCUCUUGAGAAAUUUGUCACCUAUUUCUCAAAAAUGGAGCAGCUCAGUGACAAGGAGAGCUACAAGCUGUCCUGCCAGCUGGAGCCCAAAUCCCAGUAGGCCGGCAACAUCCUGCAGUGGCUGGGACCCCAUCGGGGUGCUGGCCAGAACACCGGCUCUGCACCAUCCUUCACCCAGACCGGGGACAUCAGGGAACCAUAUCUAGGAGGCUGGCAGCUCAGCUGCAUCUGGCCCCUGCUCCUCAACACAAGCUGCUCCUGCUGGCCAGGAUCAGGCCAUGGGACUUUUGCGAGUCAGGCGGGAGACCAUUUUAUGUUUAUUUUCUUUAGUGUGUAAGUAAGGGUUUUUUUCUUAGCUUUCAUUAAAAUAAAAUUUUAAAACACUA